UGUGUCACGAGUUAUACAAUCAUCCGUUCAGUUAUGAUUGAACUUCAUGUCCCAUAGUUCCGUGUUGUCUGUAGCUGUCCCUGAGCUACUACUUCCUCCUGCCUUGCGCAAGCUCACAUCGUUGUAGAAUGCGGAUUUCGAAGCUAAUAAGAAUAGCUAGCCAGUAAGCUAAAAACAAGCUUCUUCUUGUUAGGCUUUAAACUGGAAAAAUGUCUAAAACACACUCGCAGCCCCCGUCAUCUUCGGCGGCGACGGCUACCGGGGGACCCUCUUCGUCCUCCUCGUCUUCGCCCGCAGGGGGCUCGACAUCUCCCGCAACCGUGUUGAACGUACAGCCCGAGAAACCUCAACAUUACACAUAUCUGAAGGAGUUCAGGACUGAGCAGUGCCCCCUGUUCGUACAGCACAAAUGUACACAACACAGGCCUUUUUCCUGUUUUCACUGGCACUUCUUGAACCAGCGGCGACGCAGACCCAUCCGCAGACGGGACGGGACGUUCAACUACAGCCCAGAUGUUUAUUGUACCAAAUAUGAUGAGGGAACAGGAACCUGCCCUGAUGGAGAUGAAUGCCCGUUUCUACAUCGGACAGCAGGCGACACAGAGCGCAGAUACCACCUCCGCUACUAUAAGACGGGAUCAUGUAUCCACGAAACCGAUGCAAAAGGCCACUGCAGCAAAAACGGCUCCCACUGUGCCUUUGCACACGGAUCACAUGACCUGCGCAGCCCUGUCUAUGAUAUCAGAGAGGUGCAGGUGAUGGAGUCUCAGGGAGGCUCGGGGUCCUCAGAGGGGGGCGGAGGAGACGGGCAGUCAGGACAGGCAGCGAGCACCGCCCUCAUAGAGAAGAUCCUGAGUGAGGAGCCACGCUGGCAAGAUAACAACUACGUGCUGUCCCACUACAAGACAGAGCUCUGUAAGAAACCACCUCGUCUGUGCCGCCAAGGUUACGCCUGUCCGUAUUACCACAACAGCAAAGACAGGAGGCGCAGCCCGCACAAGCACAAAUACAGAGCGCUGCCGUGUCCAGCUGUGAAACAGAGCGAGGAGUGGGGAGACCCCAGUAAAUGUGAGGGAGCAGAGGGAUGUCAGUACUGUCACACAAGAACAGAACAACAGUUCCACCCUGAGAUUUAUAAAUCCACUAAGUGUAAUGACAUGCAGCAGUGUGGCAGCUGUCCCAGAGGGCCCUUCUGUGCCUUUGCUCAUGUUGAAAAGCCCUUUGUAUCUGAGGAACCAUCGUUCCCCACCCCCAGCUCCCCUCCACCCCCCAGACCUCCAGACCCUCUCCCUGCCCAGGAGGCCUCUUCAAGCCCCAGCGGACACAACGUGGGCCCGGGAUCGGGGUCUAUCUCUGACCCCUUUUCCCCGUCCGCAGGGUCAUCAUGUAUAGCAGAGCAGGGGCUGCUGGGUAGUGUUCUGUCCUUGUGUGAGGAUGUGAGCGGAGGAGCUGAGCCUCUGUCUCCAUGGGCAGGAGAAGGAGGGUAUGGCAGGGCACCUGGAUUUGAGAGGGAGGACCAGGCAAAGCAAAGGAGUUUCGCUCUAGAGCAACGCAACAGAGAAUUUGCAUCAGCACAAAGCAAACAGGACUUGUUGGUGUUUUUGCCGGUGGGCAGCCCUCUGAGUCUGUCGUCCAGCAUCCCCUCCAGUCUCGCCGCCACCCCACCUAGCCCCGCCCCUCUCGGACCCCCGGGGUCAGGCGUCACCUCAGGCAUGAACGCCAACGCCCUGCCCUUUUACCCCACCAGCGAGACUGUGGAGUCAGUCGUUGAGUCGGCUCUGGAUGAUCUUGACCUGAAUGAUUUUGGUGUGUCGGCGCUGGAGAGGAGGUUGGAGAGCAGCUCUGCUCUGCCCAGUGUGGGAGUGAUGCUGGGAGGGAGCCAGCUUCAGAGCUCUGCUCCUGUCAACAUCCCAGGAUCUUUUAGCAGCUCUGCUCCUUUUAGCUCCCCGUCACCAUCUCCUCCAAUCAGACCGCACGCAUCACCAUUCUUCUCCGCUCACCUGUCACAACCCGGCCAAUCAGAGAGCACCUUCUUAGGGCCAUCUCACAGCUCUUUAGGUCUGAACGGUAUGAGCACGAACAUCUGGGAGCACUUUCCAUCAGGCCAGGGUUCUCCUGGUACACCCCCCACUCUGUUGCCCUCGGGCCCCUGUGCAGAGACCGCCAGGCUCAAACAGGAGCUGGAGGAAGCUCACAGGGGUCUGAAGCAGUGGGGCCACAGCUGGAGACACACAGCUCAGUCGUGGGCUGCUCUGAAGGCCGACGCAGAGGAGUCACGUGCUCACGCAGCUCGAUUAGCCAUGGAGGCCGAAAGAGCCAGGCAGGCUGAGGAGGAGGCACAGAGGCAGGUCACUCUCCUGCAGGAGGCGCUGGAGAGCUUAAGGAGCGGAGACAACCCCCAUCUAGCGCUGCACCAACUCCAGCUACUACACAGACUGCCCCUGGAGUCAGUCCUCAGUUUGCAGGCUCAGCUCUGUAGCUGCUUACACGCUGUGGAGCAGGUGGUGUACAGGAAGCAGAGACAGUGUUGCGUGACGUGUGGAGAGCCAGGCUCAGUGUCUCUGCCCUGUGGUCACGGACUUCAGUGUGAGAGCUGCUCCUCCUCCACAGAGUGCCCGCUCUGCCCCGAACAGAACCUGGAGCAGCAGCUGUCUUGACCUCACGGCCCAGUCGGACCACCGCAGACCACAGACCGGUCAGUCCUGAUUCCACAGAUACCAGCCUUGGAUCCCAGCCGCCGUUCAGCAUCACGUCGAGGUUGUUUUGUAAAGCGGCGACAACACAAGCACUGAUCUGGUUUUGUACUUUAAAGAUGACGUUUACUGAUGAAUGACCGGCUUAGUGAGAGCGCUGGUCACUAAGUGAAAGCUCUUAAUGUGGAAUUUAGAAUUAACAAUUUCUCCAGUGUUACCCGUGGAACACAGUACAUUUUACUAGUUAUCGCUCUUGACCAGCAACACUGUUCUUCACCCCUGUUCUCUGUUAAAGUAAAGACCUGAAUUAUCAAACACACAGCAGCUCACCCUGAACACAGUUACUCAUGAUAAUCCACCGCUGAGAGCAUUUUCUGUCUGAGUACACCCACUAACUGUAUGUGCUAUAUAUGGAGGCAGUAUAGCAGUACUUUGUGUACACAGACAUGAAUGUAGAGCUGCAGCGUCCUCUCGGCUGAGGUAUAUCUGAGUUGGGCGCUGUGGCCUGGUUAUAUCACACAGGUUCACUCCAGGUCAGGGUGUUUUUCUCUGGGAGAAUAACUGUAACUGUCUAAAUGGAUGGAGGACACGACAGAUUUCUCAGAUGUUUAUUUCAGGGUGACGCGCCGUCUUAACAACAUCAACAGGUCUGACUGAAAACACUUAAAGGGCAUAUUUAGUUUCUCCAGACAAUAAUCCUACAGCCAAAAGGGGGCCAUCAUACCAGUCUGCUGGUAGCGCUUAUCUAGAUUAUAUUGAAUUAUUUCAUUUUGAUUUUUUUAAUUAAUUAAUAAUAGUUUUUUUUAGCAAAAGAAAUUUAAAAUUGUCAAUUACUGUUGAAUAAUGACAGAAAAUAUUUAAAAAGUUAGUGAUAUUUGUUUAAAUUCCAACAGAUGGCCUCUGUUAAAGCACUCAGGUUUUCUCUAAUGUUCUUCUGCAUAAACUGGAAGAGGAAAGCAUGUUAACACAAUCAAGGCAAAUGUACUCAGUCAACGUGUUUAGUCUUUGAAAUUACAUCAUUUUAAUUUUUACUUAAAUGCUUCUCAUGUUAACUCAAACAUACACAUUCUUUUUUUUUUGUUAAAACUGUCUCUUUUCUUAUGUGUAAAAUCAACGUGUGACAGAUUUCUCUGCCAAACUUUUUACAUUUGUAGUCAUCUUUGACAUUUCACAGUGUGUCAAAUGUAGUCUAAUAUAUAUAUAUUAUAUAUAUACACAUAGUUAAGUGAUGUCAUACUUAUCUCUUGCACUGAUUAGACAAAGCAUCAGGAAGCAGACAGAUAUGUAAAGGUGUGGUUUAAAAGCAGGCGUGAACAUGUUCAUGAUCACUGUGAUGGUCUCUGGUAAUAACCCGUGCUCAGCAUACUGUCCACACACAACUCAUCCAACGCCAGUGUUUCCCUCUGAGUGGAUUGUUCUUUGUUUUUUGGUACAGAUCAUUAAAACAAAUUGUAUAUUUUUGGAGGAAGAA